UCAUAAACCUCAUUUUUUCUGGCAUCCUCUUCUCGUCUCGCUUGCUCACUCCGUCGUCCUCAGCUCGCCGACUGUUCACGAAGGCAGGGGGCUUGUUGGUGCCAGAAGUAUAAUGCCCCUAGUCGCUUGCCGGCCUGCCCAAGCCCUUAUCUUGUCCGGCUUCAAGUACCUCCCGUUGAGAUCUUCGUCGCUGCCGCACCUGCGCCUCUCCUCCUCCAUCGCCUUCUCCAUCUUCCCAUCCGCACCAGUGCCUACUUCAAUUACCCUCUUCGUUCCGAACAUUCUCGAUGCCUUUUUUUAUUCCCGUCAGCCUCGCCGCGACAUGGCUGCGGACGGUGCAGUCGGAGUUGCGGCGUCACAAGACGACGUCUUGACGAAGCGACUGCAGUAUUUGCAGUCGAAACUCGAGGCGAUAGGAAUUAUGGGCAACGAUUGGAAGCUUGGGGUGGGUUUGUCAAUACCAUGCCCAAAGGCCUUAAGAAUGUUGUCCACUGAGGAAUCAUACUUGAGAAUUCCCAACAGGAUAAUAUGAGGAAAAAAGGAGUAUUAAAGAUUAGGGUUUGGAUUUUGGGGUUUAAACCUUGUAUUCCCGAUACCCAAACUACCUAAUGAAGGACCUUCUGAAUACCUUCAAUUACACAAUUAAUCAAUACCUGAAUCUGCCUCAAUGUUUAACCAGUGCUAGAAUAUGAUUUGAAGGGGUCAGGUAUCACAAUCUUGCCACAUUUUUCAUACACAAACCUGAACACCACUUGCUUCUUUCCUUUGAUUUGGAGAGAAAAUUCAUUGCUCCAUAAAGUAGAAAUUCCAACUUUUGUGUAGCUUGGGAUAUUUCUUAGAAAUAUAUUGCUUAGUCCUAUAUCAUAUAUCUAGUUGAAGCCAGCUCACAUGAUGUUAAUAUGAAUUUAGUCUAAGCACACUGGGUAGCCUUAAAUAUAGCUAGUUUAGCUAGUAGCUAGUCAUAAAGGUGAUAACCUCCAAUAAGAAGAAUGGCAAUUUCCAUUUAAAACUAGUUUAGUGACACAAUGCCGGAUCCUUAUGACGUCCAACCAUGGUUUAAACGCCUCACUUUAACUCCAUAUGUAGUUGCUUCGGUGGAUUUUUUAUGUGAAUUGAAUAUAGGUAUCAUAUGCGGUUAGUGACACAAUGCCGGAUCGGUUUGAAUAGAUUUAGAGUAGUUAGAAUUGAGGUCUAAAAUAACAUAACAAAAUUCAAAACAUUUGAUAAUUCUAUGAUAAUUCAGGAAUUAAAGUUGGAAGAUAUUUAUCUGUAUGCUAGAGUUAGAGAAAAAUGUAGAAAAUUACACAAUGUAUAAUGCAUAAAAGAUGAAUUUCUUGUCAAUUAUAAUGUAAUUAAGGAAAAAGGGGGAAAUUACAAAGUAUUCACUGUUAUGAAAAAAAUUGGUUUUAGAUAUCUAAAUUAUGGUAAUUAUUUUUAUUUUUUAUGAUAAUUUAAGAAUCAUAGAUUUGUUAAUAUUAGAUUGAAUGAGAUUUCAGAAGUUUUGAAGAAAAUGAAGAUAAAUGGGCCGAGAUGAUAUUCAGUUGGAAAAGUUUUAAUUGAUCAAGAUAUAAACUGGAAAUUGAGGAAUGAAACAAAAGUUUUUUGCUAUCUUUUUAUGAAAGUAAAGUUGAUAGGCAAUGCUGUUUUGAUUAGAAAGGUAUCAAGUUGAGUCAUAUCAUGAAAUUUUAGCAGAGAGAGUUAUAAGCCAAUAUGAGAUGAAACAAACAUUUUUAUGAAUCAAUUUGGCUUCACAUCAGAAAGAUAUGGGUGCUUAUUAUUUAUAACAUAAUAGAAAAUAGGAAAGAAAAGGAGGAUUUGCAUAUGCUUUUUAUUGGCUUAUAAAAUCUAUUAGGACUAUGAUAACUGAUUUUUUCUGUUUGUAGAGAUUCACAUCAAGGGCUAAUUUUUAAUAUCUUAUUAGUACUAGAUGAGAUUAAAAUACAUUUCUUAUAUUAUUUGUAAAUGAUAUAGUGUUAAGAUGGAUGUAUGACAUUACUAAAAAGUAAAUACUAUAUACCGGAGUAAUUAGGUGUUUUCUUUAAUACAUACUAAAAUAAUAAAAAAUUGAAUGAGAUGGUGUCAGCAUGUUUGAAACUAAUAUAUAGAAAGAACACUGAAAGCUUUAAUUGAUGUUGUAAAAAUAAUUUACUCGAGUAUUGCUGGAAGAUAAGUCAGGAAAUCAGGACUUGAUGAUGAAGAAGAGGACCUGCACCAUAUGUUAAAAAAAACAAAAAUAAGAUUUUUGUUGGAAACAUGCUAAAAAUAAUGUUUCUCCGAAGAGAAAAUUUCGAAUUUUGUUAUAAUUUGCAUUCCUUGUUAUCUUUAUCUAGACCAUUUGUGAUAAUUUCAACUAGGAUGAAUCAAGAGCACCUUGGUUUUAAUUGAGAUAUCUCACUGGCUCUAGAAGUUUUCAAACAACUACAAGCAUAUUCAAACAAAUACAGCAUAUCCUUGGUCUAUCUUCUUCUUUUUUACUAUAGCAACUGCAACAUAUUCAAACAAAUAACCAGUUAUCACCUAUUACAAGAACAAUCAGUAAGAAAAUACUAAUCUUGCUAGAAGUGUUGUCUAGUAAAUAAAACACUUGUUUAAUGAAGCAUAUAUCUGGAGAAGGCAAAAGACAGAAGAACAUUAGUUGUUUAAACUAAACCUUCAUUUAGUUUCCUGCUUUGGUUUAUGUUAGCAUGCUUGGUCCACAUGAUCACCAGGAAACCUUCAACAUAAGUAUACGAAUGUCGUCGCUUUGAAAAAAAUGGGCUUAAAUGGAUUUUAAAAUCGGUUGAUUCGGUUUUAUUGAUCUAUUGUUU